GGCUGUGCGAGGGGCUCUGCUGGGGCCCGCGCCGGCGCUGGGCCGCGGCUGCUCGGGCCGGCCGUUCUCGUGCGGCUGGAACAGGGGGGAAUCCUGAGUCCGGCUCGGUCCUGUGUACGGCAGCACACGGCGGUGAUGUAAGGAGCUCUCACCGCACCCAAGGCAGGCACUGGCACCUGGGCUGCAUGCCGCCGGGUAGAAAUUACGGAAUCGGAGAAAGCUUUGGAUUAAAAAUUUUGUAGUUCUGUCUAGACCUUCCACUAGACCAGGUCGCUCCUAGCAGUGCCCAGGUUGAUGAUGAACACUUCCGGGGAUGGGGCAGCCACAGCUUCUCGGGGCAGCCUGGGGCAGGGCAUCACCCCUGCUACCUGAAAGACAGGCCGGAAAUAAAUCCCCACAGACGGAUGUCUGUAGAGCAGCAAUUUGUUUAUUGCAGUGCUGCUAGUGAGGAGGAUAUCUCCACCUGGCUCACCCUCCUUUGUCAAGUGCUGUGGUAUAUUUACGCAGAGGAAAAUGGCUCAAACUAUUGCACGAGCAUCGUCCAUCCAGGUUGAGGAAUCCUUGGAAAGCAGAAUGGUGGUUACAUUCCUCAUGUCAGGACUUGAGUCCAUGUGUAAAGAACUUGCCAAGUCCAAGGCAGAAAUUGCCUGUAUUGGUGUGUAUGAAAGAAAUGUUUUUGUAGUUGGAACUGAGAGAGGAAAAGCCUUUGUCAACUCCAGGGAAGCGAUUAAGACGGAUUUUAUUGAAUACUGUGUUGCACAUGAGGACAGGGUUGCAGAACUGCAGAAAAAGAGGACUACACCACCUGUGAGCAGACAGCCAGUGGAUAUUGUGGACCUGGAUGCUCUUAGAAAGUCUGUGGAGGACUUUUUCUGUUUGUGCUAUGGUAAAGCUUUAGGACAGUCAGUGAUGGUACCUGUACCAUAUGAAGAGAUUCAGAGGAACCAGUCUGUUGUGAUAGUGCAGGGCCUGCCUGAAGGACUCACACUUCAACACCCAUCUAAUUAUGAUGUUUCCACCCUGAAAUGGAUUUUGGAAAACAAAUCAGCGAUCUCAUUUAGAAUCAACAGACCUUUCCUUGAACCAGUGGAACACAUAGGAGCUGAUAUGACAAAUCCUUCACAUCCUUCACAUCCAGUUAUACCUCCAUGUAAAAGUAGUCCUGCUGUUCGAGUAAAAACUGAACCAAACAAGGAUUCAGAGACCAACGAGGAUUUUGGAAUUCCUUCCAAAAUGCCAGUAACAAUGAAGCAGGAAACAGAUGAUCCUAACUACUAUAAAUUCAGUGCUUCAGGCCCUUCCAACAUAUUAGAGACAGAUGAAGAAAUUGCUCCUGGAAAAAGUUAUACAGAUUUCUCCCAGCAGCAUGACAUGCCAGAAAUAGGUUCAGAUUCUGAGCCUGAAGUCACUAGUGAAGAUGAUGAUGAUGAUGACUACCUACCCCCUGAAAAGAGACAGAAGAGCAGUGAGUCAGCUAAUGAAGCUUCCAGUAUUGGGAGUAGAACAGCAGAAGAUUUCAGUUUUGAUUCCUCUCAUCAUGAGUUCCCAGGACCAAGUGAGAAACCAGAGGUUGAGGUCACCCUUGAAGAUGAUGACGAUGACUAUCCACCCCCAGACAAGAGACUGAAGACCAUGAAGUCAGCUAAUGAUGCUGCCACUACUCUUAGAAGAGAAGCAAAAUCGUUUCAUUCUGAAUCAGAUUCCUCCGGGCAUGACUCAUCAGAAUCAAGUUCGGAUUCUGAGCCUGAAGUCACUAGUGAAGAUGAUGAUGAUGAUGAUGAGUACCUGCCCCCUAGCAGGAGACGGAGGAACAAGAGAUCUAAGCGAGCUUCCAAUACUGGGACAAGAAAAGGAAAAGAGUUCAAUUUACAUUCCUCCCCACAUGACUUCUCUGAGAUGAGUGAGAGACCUCGGCUUGAGGUUACUGUUGAAGCUGCUGCUCAUGAUGAUGACAACCUACUUCCUGACAUGAGACUGAGUAUCAACCAAUCUGCUAAUGAAGCUGACAGUACUGGGAGAAAUCAAGCAGAAGAGAUCAGUUCUGAUUUCUCUCAUCAUGAGUUCUCAGGACCAAGUGAGAAACCUGAGGUUGAGGUCACCCUUGAAGAUGAUGAUGAUGGCAACCUACAUGCGACCAAGAACCUGAAGAACACUGAGUCUGCUGAUGAAGCUGCCAAUACUGUCAGAAGAAGUGCAGAAGAGUUCAGUUUUGAUUCCUCCCAUCAUGAGUUCUCAGAUAUAAGUGAGAGACCUGAGCUUGAGGUUACUGUUGAAGCUGAUGAUGAUGAUGAUGACAACCUCCCCUCUGACACGAGACUGAAUAGCACCGAGUCAGAUAUUGAAGCAGCCGAUAAAGGGAGAAUAAAAACAGAAGAGUUCGGUUCUGAUUCCUCCUAUCAUGACUUCUCAGAUAUAAAUGAGAGGCCUGUGCUUGAGGUCAUUGUUGAAGCUGAUGAUGGUGAUGAUUAUGAGUACGUACCCUCUGGUGUGCAACUGAAUAACUCUGAGUCUGCUACCGAAUCUGACAACCCUGGGAGAAAGACAGCUAGAGAGAUCAAUUCUGAUUCCUCCCAUCAUGAGUGGUCAGGAGGAAGUGAGAAUUCUGAGGUUGAAGGUAGUAGUGGAGAUGAUGACUACCUGCCCUCUGAGGAGAGACGGAGGAGAAGCAAGUCAGCUGUGGGAACUUUCAAUAUGGGGAGAAGCAGAGGAAGGAAGUUCAACUUUGAGAAAUGGAAUAUGCGAAUUGCAGACUUGAGAAGAGAAGUUGAAGAGGUGUUUCAAAAAAAAUACGCUGAAGCUAUAAAAGCAGAAGGUCCAGUGACUAUCCCAUUUGCACUCUUCCAGUCACAUGCAGAAGAUCUGUAUGUGGAAGGGCUGCCAGAAGGGAUUCCCUUCCGCCGUCCCACCACCUACGGCAUUCCCCGGCUGGAGAGUAUACUUCUAGUAAAGGACCAGAUCCAGUUUGUGAUUAAAAAGCCUGAACUUCUGAAUUUGCCAGCUGCUCCACCAACCAACACAAUUUCAGGAGCCAUAAAUCCAGCAAGAGAGGAGUGGUAUGCCAGAAUCACCAGACUGAGAAAGAUGGUAGAUCAACUUUUCUGUAAAAGUUAUGCCAAGGCUUUGGGGAGCAGUGAGCCCAAAGCAGUUCCAUACAAGAUAUUUGAAGCUCAUCCAAAUGAUCUCUGUGUUGAGGGGCUGCCAGACAACAUCCCCUUUAGGAGUCCCUCCUGGUAUGGAAUCCCGUGCCUUGAAAAAAUAAUUGAAGCGGGCGACAGAAUAAAAUUUGUGAUUAAAAGGCCAGAGCUUCUAGCUCAUGCUCCAAGCAGAGUUGUUCAGGCCAGAUCGAACAUUCAAGGGAAAGAUGAUUGGAAUUUCAAGAUCACAAAGCUAAGAAAUGAUGUAGAAGAUCUAUUUAGUAAGAAGUUUGCCGAAGCUCUGGGGCUUUCAGAGGCAGUGAAAAUUCCCUAUUCUGUGUUUGAAUCAAACCCUGAUGCCUUGGUGGUUGAAGGCUUGCCAGAAGGAGUUCCCUUCCGGAGCCCCACGUGGUUUGGGAUUCCACGCCUAGAAAGGAUCAUGCGUGCGAGUAAAAGAAUCUCAUUUGUUAUUAAGAAGCCCGACUUUGUCAUUUCCCAUUUGCCUCUAAAAGUGGCUAAUAAAUUAAAGUCAAAAGCAUUGAGUCCAAGGUGCUCCAAAAGGUCACGAAGUUCUUCAGAGAAUUCAAGUAUCCCAGAGUCAAUCCCAGAGAUUGAAGUUACUGUUGAAGACAGUCCUACAAAAGCACAAACAACAGAUUCUCAAAGCAGUGGCUCCAAUAAAAGUUCGAGGCAACAGCCAGGAAGAGGAGGGUUUUCUUUUGAUGCAUGGAGUUCCAAAAUCGCUAACUUAAAGCAGGAAGUUGAAAAUCUUUUUAGUGAAAAAUGUGGGGAAGCAAUGGGGCUCAACGGGCCCAUGAGGGUGCCAUAUGGACUGUUUGAAACCUUCCCAGAGGUUUUCCAAGUGGAAGGACUGCCUGAGGGAGUGCCCUUCCGACAACCUUCAACUUUUGGGAUUCCAAGAUUAGAGAAGAUCCUGAGAAAUAGAUCCAAAAUAAAGUUUAUUAUAAAAAAGCCUGAGAUGCUUGAGGCAGCUGUCAAAGAAAGUUCUGCUAAAAGUUCCAAAAGAAAAAAUAAUUCCUCCAGUAAUGCCAAUACAGCAAGGACCACAAACAACACAGCAGUGAACAAUAUUGCAGGUAUUGAAGACCUAAAGAUCAUUCAAGUAACCAUACCAGGCGAUGAAAGUGAGCCACUGCCCAAAGUAGAAAAUGCCAGACAAUUGAGAGAGCAAGUAAAUGAUCUUUUUAGCAAGAAAUUUGGUGAAGCCACUGGUAUGAAUUUUCCUGUAAAAGUUCCCUACAGAAAAAUCACUAACAACCCUGGCUGUGUGUUGGUGGAUGGAAUGCCUCCAGGUGUGCAAUUUAAAGCACCCAGUUAUCUGGAAAUCAGCUCAAUGAAGAAGAUUUUGGAAUCAGCAGAGUCUAUCAAAUUUACUGUCAUUAGACCAUUUCCAGGACUUGUGAUUAACAAUCACCUGCUGGAAGAAGCUGAAGCAGAAGAAGAAGCACCUUCAACAGCAGCAGCAGCAGCCACAGUACUACCAGAUGAACCAAGCCAUAUAGAAGUAUCUCUAGGAGGGAAAAACCAAUUUCCUUCCAAAUUCAUAUUGUCUGUGAAAAGAACAGAAUCAGGCUCUGGGUCAUAUGGACAGUGCUACACAGACACAAGAUUCCUUUGAUUUACCUCCAAGCAUCCCUCCCUGCAAUGAAUAAAAGUGUAUCAAAAGGUGAUGAAUGCUUUAGCCAACAUGAUUUUUAAAAAAAAACGUAUCAUAAUGUCUUCCUGUGUGAUACUGUGCUGGGGUUAAAAUUUGUUUUGGGCAAAUUGAAAUAGAAUAAUGCAGAAAUCUGUAUCCAGUUAAGAGAGAAGAAGUCUUACUAAUGCCAAUUUUAUUUCCAUUCAUUAAGAACUAGACUGCUCUAAGAUCCUAAGCUGCUUUACAUUGCAGUGGAAAUGGUAAUUUCCACAGAAUCAGAUUGCUGUGAAUAUACUUUUAUUUAUUAUUAUUAGUUUAAAAAGAUAAUGAAUGCUUUUCAUGUUUUUUAUAAAUUUUUACUUAAGUACAACAGUAACAAAAUUGGUGGGGACGUUCCACUUUUUUCAUUCACU